AUCUAUGGUGCUGACAGCAAGGCAUAGGUUUGCAUAGGGACGGUAGGGACGUAACACUACCAAACGUGCGUUUGAUUGGCUGAUGACUUGACCCCCCCCCCGCCACCCACACGCACACUCACACAGCCCCGACAGAAAUACACAAGAAAGAAACAUGCCGGAGGGAUAUUAGAAUUUUUUUCGGCCAGCAGCAGCAGACGACACUGGACAGUAGAAAGUGUCAUCUUGAGUCUGUUUAAACCGAAACCAUGGCCAAGGACAUGACUCUGCUGUGGGGCAGCGGUUCUCCUCCCUGCUGGAGGGUCCAGAUCACGCUGGAGGAGAAGCAGCUGCAGGGCUACGACCACAAACGGCUCUUCUUUGAGAAAAUGGAGCACAAGUCCCAGGAAGUUCUAGAUAUAAACCCAAGGGGUCAGCUUCCAUCUUUCAAACAUGGAAACAUCAUCGUGAACGAAUCCUACGGUGCCUGUUUUUACCUGGAGAGCCAGUUUAAAAACCAGGGAACCAAACUGAUCCCAGAUGACACCGACCAACAAGCUCUGAUGUACCAGCGCAUGUUUGAAGGUCCCACAUUCUACGAUAAAGUCCUUACCGUUAUCUACUAUGAAUAUUUCAUCCCUGAAGGAGAGAGGCACGACUCAGCUGUGAAGAGAAACAAAGAGGCUCUGGUCACUGAGCUGAACCUCUGGGAAGGAUACCUGCAGAAGUUGGGCUCUGGCUCUUACCUGGCGGGACCGUCGUUCACACUUGCCGAUGUGGUUGUUUUUCCGACUAUUGGUUAUCUUUUCCGAUUUGGGUUGUCUGCUCAGCGUUACCCUAAACUGGGAGAGUACUACGCUCUGGUGAAGGAGAGACCCAGCGUCAAAGCCAGCUGGCCUCCUCAUUGGCUGGAGAACCCAAAGGGAGACGAGGACACCCUGAAGGACAUCUGAUAUUCAUACACACUUGUUGUUGUGAUGUUCUUUUGUGGCCUCCAAUGCAAAGUUUUUGCUUUUGUCUACCAAAAGCUGAACUAACAGCUUGAUAAAUAUGAUACAGCUCAGAUUUUGAUUAUUGGUGCUGUGAAAGAAAUUGUUGGCUUUCUUAAUAGUUCUGAAUACAUUUGGGAAUUACAGGUGCAGAUAUGUGGUUCUUUUAUUUUGAGCCCUCUCUUGUGAAAUCUUUAAACAAAAGGUUUAUAAAUGCAGGCUGUGUUCAACUGUACAUCAUUAGAUGUUUGCAGGGUGACAGCAGCAGGAAGAUUUUCAUGAUGACAUAGCAGCUUUUGUUGCCCCCAAACACUGUGUUGAGAACUAACAUCAGUCUGUGUCAAAUCACACGUGCAGGCUACUAUUAAAGUUUCUAAUGCAUUUAGA